AUGGCGGUAGACUCCUUACUGACAUCUCCUUCGUCGCUGAGAUUCUCCGAUUUCAUCUCUUCCUUUUCCCAAAACACCAACCAAAAAUGGCUUCGCUUCUCACCCAAACCCAGCUCCUUGAAGAUAACCUGCGGUGCGAUUUCUUCGAAGAGGAAACUCGCUGAGAGAGAGAGCGCGGAGAGGGAGAACAGAGUCCUCGUACGGAAUCUAAUGUCGAGGAUCAGCGACAGAGAGCCGCUUAUCAAGACGCUUGACAAGUACGUGAAGGUUGUAAGAUGUGAGCAUUGCUUCUUGCUCUUCGAAGAGCUUGGUAAGAGCGACAAGUGGCUCCAAUGCCUCGAGGUGUUUAGGUGGAUGCAGAAACAGCGCUGGUAUAUAGCAGAUAAUGGAGUAUACUCUAAAUUGAUCUCUGUAAUGGGGAAGAAGGGACAAACCCGAAUGGCAAUGUGGCUCUUCUCCGAGAUGAAGAACAGUGGCUGUCGUCCUGAUGCUUCGGUUUACAACGCUCUCAUAACGGCUCAUCUUCAUACACGGGACAAGGCAAAGGCUCUGGAGAAAGUCCGUGGUUACUUCGACAAAAUGAAAGGCAUGGAGCGUUGUCAACCCAACGUUGUGACUUAUAAUAUUCUGCUAAGGGCUUUUGCUCAAUCGGGUAAAGUUGAACAAGUGAAAGCUCUGUUUAAAGACUUGGAUAUGAGUGCAGUGUCUCCAGACGUUUAUACAUUUAAUGGUGUGAUGGAUGCGUAUGGGAAAAACGGGAUGAUCAAGGAGAUGGAAUCUGUGCUUACUCGUAUGAGGAGUAACGAGUGCAAGCCAGAUAUCAUCACUUUUAAUCUUCUUAUUGAUUCUUAUGGUAAGAAGCAGGAGUUUGAGAAGAUGGAGCAGACUUUCAAGAGUUUGAUAAGGUCCAAGGAGAAGCCCACUCUUCCUACUUUCAACUCAAUGAUUAUAAAUUAUGGGAAAGCUCGCCUGAGAGAUAAGGCUGAAUGGGUUUUCGAGAAGAUGAUUGAUAUGAACUACACGCCGAGUUUUAUCACUUAUGAGUGCAUGAUCAUGAUGUAUGGUUACUGUGGUUGUGUUUCCAGAGCAAGGGAAAUGUUUGAGGAGGUUGCUGAAUCGGAGAGGGUGUUGAAGGCAUCAACACUCAAUGCCAUGCUUGAUGUUUACUGUCUUAAUGGUCUACACAUGGAAGCAGAUAAGCUUUUCCAUAACGCGAGCGAUUUUCGGGUUCAUCCAGAUUCAUCAACGUAUAAGCUUUUAUAUAAGGCGUAUACUAAGGCAGAUAUGAAGGAGCAUGUGCAGAUGCUGAUGAAGAAAAUGGAGAAAGAUGGAAUUGUACCUAAUAAGAGAUUCUUCUUGGAAGCACUUGAAGCUUUUGGGUCAAGAUUACCUGGUUCGGAUUCUGUGAAAAGGAAAUCAACUGAAUCGACCAAGUCAGGAGAUGACUUGGUGGAAAGCAAUUGA